UGAGUGCGACAUCCGUUGGCAACUGGAGCCAGUGUUGCGCUGCGUCUACAGAAUAGAAGCCUCUCAGAAGUCGACUGUUGCGCGUCGUCAAAAGGUCGGUUCGCGAGUGUGUAGUUGUGUCGCGGUACGUGUGCUGCAACUCUCCCUGCUUCCGCGCCGCAGUCACUCCACCUGCUGCGAGUCUGAGUCAAGCACGCGAUCACUUAGUAGACUGAGCACCCGCGAAUCGAUCGCGCACCCCGGACUCUCGCCGGACCGAGGAAGGUGUCUCCGCUCGGGUUCAGAUUUUACGGAUUAGUUAACGUGUAACCGUCGUCUCGAUAAGCUCGUUGUUCUGAACUGUUGCGGUUCUCAUGCUGCCGCUGCUUGCUUUUCUUCGGUGGGCCGUUUUGUGCAGUUUGUGCAGAAACUCUCUUUCUUCAGUGUGUUUAAAGAUCAAAGUGGCUUUUUUAUUCGCGGUUUAAUGGAGUUUUGAUAGUGAAACUUUAAAUGUUGGUUGGACUAUUUAAAUUGAACAGUUUGUUAGUGUCUCUACGUUUUGGGAAUAUUUUGCAAAAAUUUACUGGUGGUGUUAUGAGGAGAACUGUGCCUCGAUCGAGCCAGAACCAAGAGUUUUAGUGAGAGAAAGUGCUUCGAUUUUCUUUAAGUUUACAAAUAGUGGAGACUUUUUGAUUGGCAAAGCGAAAAGUGUUUCAGUUCUUCUAACUAAAUCUUUAACGCAAAUCGCAACGGCUGAAACCUUUUGCCUCUCUGGACUGGCCAGCACCAGUCAGCCGCACGUACAAUUAAAUCCCAAGUUGUGCACUUUUUCUCAGCAACUAGUGAGGGCAAAACAAAAUAAUAAUAAAAAUAAAAAUACAUACAUAUGUAUACGUAAACUGCAUGGCUUAAGGCUCGCUGUGCUGCACGAAACGUGGAUAUGAUUUGAACGACUGCACGCGGUUUAGUAGUGAAACCAGCUGAGAGUGACCGUUUGUGAAACGAGUUACUCAGCAGUCCGGCGUCCUAAGUAGUUCCAUUUUUUUCAGCGCCUUCACAGCACAGGAAAAACUUAAACAUCCACUCGAAACCAUGAAGAUGUGAAGUGUCCGAAGGAGUGUGAUCAUCAGUUCCGCGCUGCUGUACGAAAAAGUUUCAUCCUCUGCAAACGAUCAACACCCCCGAGUCUGUGAAGCUUUGGGGCAAACGCUGAAAAAAAAAACGAAACACAAAAAAUCGUCUAGCAGAAGAAGCUGCAAUUAUUCGACACUAAAAAGUUAAGCUUGAUGUAAGUGGUUAUUUGGCUUAGCCUAAAAGCAGGGAAAAUUUACGAAUUGGUGAAGCGAUUAAGAGCUAAAACUGAACAAAAAUUGGCCCCGCGAUAGACUUGACGCAGGUGUGGGAGUCUUCGGUUUUUUUCUUCCUCUGCCGUCAGCGGUUUUACGUAAUUCUCUUCUAUUUUCGUUCCGUUUGGCGGCAAAACAGAAACGAAAACCGUCGAACACUGACCGGCCAUCGAUGUUGGAGACGAUGACGAUAAGGAACAAAGGAGAAGUAAACAGUAAAACGGUAGUGAUCGGAAGCUGUUAGUUGGUGGAAAAUGAGAUAAAUAUUAGCGUUUGUGAGAAAUUUGCCCAUCGAUUGGCAACAAGUGGAACCAGAUAGGGAGAAGAAAAGUAUUGUUGAUUAGAUUUGGUGAAAAGAUGCGAUAGAAAGAUAACAAUAAAACAUCAAAUUCAAUAGUGACCGAGAUUUGUUAUUGUGCGGCGAAAAGUGGUUUGGAAAGCUUAGGGACAGGAAGAAACGAAGGGUACUAUAGUCGAAAGUGUGGUGCAGUGUAUUUUAAUCGAAAGUGCAACUGGCGGAGCCGAUUUGGAGGAAAAGUUUAAUAUGUUAAUCGUCGAGUUUAUUGGUACGAGGUAAAUUAAGCGCGAGCGUUUUCGUUGGAAAACCAAUUGCAAAACGAACCAAGGCAACGCACAAACGGAACUUGAUACUUGGCUGCAGUCGAAAACAUAGAUGUGCAUCGUGCUUGGGAAGUGAAACGUUAAUAUCCCUUUGCCAAGAUGACGCGGCUUGGCUUAUACAUCGCAGCGUCAUGGACGAUAUUUUGCACGUACAGUGUUGCCAUGCCGGAUAUACAUCAUCAGAUGACAUCGGCCCAGCUGCAGGAGGUGUUCCAUGUGGACCAUCCGGAGGCGGUUCCAAAUUACGAGUUGGUCCAAUUAACGCAUCACACCAAUCAACCAACGCUGCGCCACCGUCGCAAACGGAGUAUAGAUACCGGAAGCUCAAAAGCCAGUAGCAGCAAUCUCUUGCAGGAAGGUGGUGCCGGAAACCACCACGUAAAAAAAGAUUUAAGUAAAGUGAAGUUCAGUGAGAAAAAUAGUGAAAAUCCGGUGCCACCGAAGAAGCGAACAAAUGUUGACGGCAAUGGCAGCGGUACGGAGCAGGAACCAAUUCUGCCGGAAAUGCAACCGCAACCGAUGCCACCACCGAAUGCUGAGAGUGAUAGUGAUAGCAAUAGAAUUAGUGAUGUUAGCAUACAACAGAUCAAAACGCAUAAAGUGUCGUUCAGUGCGUUUGGUGAAAACCAUAACUUAACGCUGCAGCAAACCGAAGGUCUGUUCAAGGAUGGACCAGCUUCGCUGCGCAUGUGGAACGUGCGGGUCGACCCGAACGCAACCCAGGGUCUCGUGUACGAGGAAGUUCAAGAGGAGGAUCCACAACCAGAAGACUCUUUUGGUAAUAUUUACCAAGAUCAACAGAACAUGGCUGCAUUGUUGAUGCGGAAGCAUCUGGAAAGCGGCGAUCUUAUGAUGGAGGGUAGUAUAGGACAUCAACUUGUGAUAAAACCAGUGCCAACCGAAAUCUCCCAGGCGGAGGAUGGUAGUGUUCAUCAUGUUAUUUUUAAGCGAACAGUGUCAUCGGACAACCACGAUGAUGACACCAGUGAUUAUGCAUUCAUGGAGCCGGACCGGCUGCAAAAGCGAUUUCGCACCAAGCGAAGUCCGCAAGGGUACUACAAAUCGUCGCGAGCGCUCGAUACCACGAUCUACCCAGAGAUACUGGUGAUAGUGGACUACGACGGCUACCGGUUACACGGCGGCGACAAUGUCCAGGUGAAGCGCUACUUUGUAUCGUUCUGGAACGGAGUGGACCUGCGGUAUCGGCUGCUGAAAGGACCGCGGAUCCGCAUCAGCAUCGCCGGGAUCAUCAUCUCACGGGGUCGCGACGCCACCCCGUACCUAGAACGGAAUCGCGUGGGACGGGACGCUAUCGAUUCCGCCGCCGCCCUCACCGACAUGGGCAAGUAUCUGUUUCGAGAGCGAAGACUGCCGGUGUACGACAUUGCGGUUGCCAUAACGAAACUAGAUAUGUGUAGAAGACAGUAUGCAAAUGACGCGUGUAAUCGCGGUACAGCAGGCUUCGCAUACGUUGGAGGUGCCUGCGUCGUGAACAAGCGGCUGGAGAAAGUCAACAGCGUAGCCAUCAUCGAGGACACCGGUGGCUUCAGCGGUAUCAUUGUGGCGGCCCAUGAAGUUGGUCAUUUACUUGGUGCCGUUCAUGACGGAUCUCCUCCUCCCAGCUAUCUCGGAGGCCCGGGUGCAGAGAAAUGCCGCUGGGAAGAUGGCUACAUCAUGUCCGAUCUAAGGCACACGGAACGAGGUUUCCGGUGGUCACCGUGCAGUGUUCAAAGUUUUCAUCAUUUCCUCAAUGGUGACACCGCCAGUUGCUUGCACAAUCCACCUCACGAAGAUGAAGCAUUAGGCCGUGCACUGCCCGGCACCCUCCUUUCACUAGAUGCCCAGUGUCGACGGGAUCGUGGAACGUCGGCCUGCUUCAAAGACGAACGAGUCUGCGCCCAGCUGUUCUGCUUCGACUCGGCUAGUGGCUAUUGUGUGGCAUAUCGACCUGCGGCAGAAGGGUCCAACUGCGGUGAAGGACAACACUGUCUGGAUGGUAGAUGUGUGACGGACCACGAGAAUAUUAUUCCAGACUACUCGCAACAUACGCCGUCGUACGCGAGGUUCAAUCAGCAAACAGUUAAAUUUAACUACGACGACAAGUCGGGUCAGCAGGAAGAAUAUUAUGAACCGUCUAGUAGCACGUCGUCCACAACAGCCAGCACCACCAGCACAACAACAACGACAACCACCACCACCACAACCACACCACCGCCGCCACCGACAUCGACGAGGAAUUAUUAUCAAAAUUUCCAUCACAAAUCCACGAUGGAUGAUGAGGACAGACGGUACAAGAAUUUCAUGAAUGCCAUCAAACGAAAACGACUACAACACCUAAAGGAGCAACUGCAGCAACAGGAAAUCGUCAGCAAUCAACAGUGACCGGAACUACUGCUUAGGAUAACAACCCAACCAGAAUUAAAUUGCAAACAAAAACGUAGGCUUUAAUUAGGCACAGACUGACCUAGUUCUGUCUGCAAGGCUGCAACUUCUUUUUGAAUAUGAUAGCAUUUUACACGAGUCUGCCCGCUGCAGACUCCCAGCGGUAGGACAUCCUCUUUCGGGUUCGCGAAAGGAGAAGCAACCUAAACGAUGGAAAUUCAUACGCAUUGUCUCCAGUGUCUUCCACGCACAUCACAAACCCAUAUCCACACACACACAUUUUCCAACCAUUCGAGUAGUAAGACUAACAAGUAAACAACCAACGCGAUCAAAUGAGACAAGAAAAUGUACCUAGCAAAUAAUGAAAAAAAAUACUUUAAAUUAAACGAAGCGAAACAUUCAAAAUGAUGUGAUAACCAAUUUCGCCAAUAUGCGAAACAAGCACACUUGGAAUAGUGCAAGGUGUUUACUAUAAUAAUUUGUUCUAAAUAGUGAUAGAUAAAUCUGAGCAUGAUUUUUGAUAAAUCGUGACAUAUUUCAACUGUAGUACUUUAAGGGAAUCAAACUUCAACUAAAGGCAAUCGAAUCAUAAAUCGGUAAUCAAACCAGCAUUUCUAACCGGAAAUGACUAACCGAUACAACCAUCAAGUCUCAAAUCAGAAGGACAUUACAUAAAAGUUUUAUUAUUUUGUCUGAUUCGAGGUUCUAAAAAAACUGCGAGCGAAGAUGAGUGCCUUAGGACGAAACCAAUAGCUUACAAAAAGCUUAUUGCCUAAUGCUUGGCCUCCUUCCAGCCCCAGUCAUUUCAGAGCAGCAAGCAACCGUAGCCAUCUUUGCCAUAAAACAAAACAUUCCAAUGUAGCAUUUCUAUUCUACUACACCCGCAAACGACGAGUCACUUGCUGCGAUGAUUAUGAUAUUUGGCUAAACUCUGAAAUAGGAGAGCGCGAGUUUUCCAAGCCACCAGGAGAAUAGCAAACCGCGUCUUAUCUACCUUCGACAUCACAACACAAGCGAAGCCCCAAUUACGAGUAUCUUAGCCAACUGAAAAAAUCAGUCGGCCACUAAAUUCAUGAUACUUACCACCGAACAAAAGAACAACUACUGCAACGAACAAUCCUUAACUAGAAACUGCCGUACACGUUGAUUUCGUUUCGCUUAAAAGUAUUCAAUCAUAGAACUAAGCUGAACACUUAAUCGUAUUACUAACUGUUAUACUGUCUACCGCAAGUAAGGGACGACUCGAAAAAUCAACUGCAUUCAAUAAAUUAACGGUGAAACAGAUAAAAAUCGAAAGAAGUUUGAAAAUACUUUCCACGAUUCUUGAAGCAAUACAAAUUGAUGAGAAAAAUGCAACGAAAAAAGUCUGCCCAGAAAGUAAACAAAAAUCUUUGUUAUAAUUGUAGAAACUAACCGGAGAAUAUUACUGUUUAUUGUUUUUAAAUCUCUGCUAUUAUUGUUUCCACAACCAAACAAAUCUACGAGCUCAUGUUGAUGCAUGCAGCGAGCCUUGCCAGCCCCGUCCACUAACCGGCAACAUUAUGAAUCUUCUAUCGAUCGGUGGGCGGUGUUUUGCCUUAUUAUUGUUAUUGAAACAAACCACACAACAAGGCCACUUCUAGUGGCACAAGUAGACCUUUAAUUUAUCAGUUUUAGAAAGAUAGUCGAUAGGAUUAGAACCAGGUAAAGUGCUUUGUCGCCGAUUGUUUCACUCCAGCUGCGCUGAAAGCUGAGAAACAACUUUAUACAUAUUAUGGAAAGAUAGCUAAAAUAAGGAUUAGUAGAGUAUACCGAUGAUAGCAGCGAACUACAACAAAAUGACAAAAAGUGCAAAGCUUUGCUAUAGAUGAGCAAUAUGGAGUUUUCAUUUUUUGAUACGACUUUUUGUACCAUUCCGUGUAAAAUUUAUUCAGAAAUAAAGAAAAUAAG